GCUAUGAAAGUUAUAUUUUUGGUCUUAUGCUGUUUACUUCUUAUUGAAGAACGUGCUGCCGAGUGUCCGGAGGGCUUUACUCUAAUCAAUUCGAAUUGUUAUUGGUUCCGAAAGGAUCCAGAGGAUAAGGCGAAUUGGUUUAAGGCCGACAUGUUGUGCAACAGACGGGGUGCACGUCUGCUUUCCUUCGACUCCUUGGAGGAAAUGAACACACUCAGUGAUUAUAUAAUAGCUGAGGGCUGUAACACAAAUUCAAUUGAAUGUACUUAUUGGGCAUCCGCCAACUGUUUAGCGCAACAAGACAAGUUCUUUUGGCAAAGUACUCACAAACGCGUUAAGAAGCAGUUUUUCAAUAAGGGCGAACCAAAUAAUUUAUCUGGCGAUGAGUAUUGUACAGAUUUCCGGCAUGACCAAGAAAGUAAAUAUGGCUUGGGCGAUGUUCCGUGCACCUGGAGAACACCAAAUUUUAUUUGUAAGGCCCCCUUAAAGUCGGCCGAGUGUGUUGGAAUGGUAUAGAUAGCUCAGCUCUUUAUACAUAUGAAUGAAAUGACCAAUAAAUUGUUAAUAUUAAAGAGCAAACAAACUUAAA